AUGACUCCCGGAGUCGGCGGCGGCCCCACGGUCACCCCGCAGUCUCAGCCGGUCGACAUGCUGCCCUCUGGCCCGCCACUGCCCUGGGCCUGCCCGGCCGACGUGCGGCUCUGCGGCCACUUGCGGAAGCAGAAGUCCCGGCGCCGCCGCUUCUUCGUGCUGCGCACGGACCCGCCGCGCCUAGAGUGCUACGAGAGCGAGCAGAAGUUCCGCGCGGACUCCGGGGGCCCCGCGCGUCCGCGGCGCAGCGUGAGCCUGGCAGGCGCGUGCACCAUUAGCAAGCGGGCAGACGCGCGCCAGCGCCACCUGAUCGUGCUCUACACGCGCGACACCAGCCUGGGCGUGGCGGCGGCCAGCGAGGCUGAACAGCAGGCAUGGUACAGUGCCCUGCUCGAGGUGCGCGCUGCCGCCGCAGCCGGUGAGGCCAAAACCCCCGGGGCAGCGGGUUAAGGUCCCAGCUCCCAAGAGGACCCCUGGCUCCUUGCUCCGUUCCAGGACGUGUGGCCUGUGACACUGAGACCCAAGGGGCUGGGACGGACACGAGGCCUGGGCAGCGGUCGCUACCGCCUAUGUCUGGGUUCAGGAGCCCUGAGUUUGCUGCGGAAGCCUCGGAAGACAGGCUCCCGAGAUGCCCGGGCCUCCCCACCGCCCGCCCUGCGCCUGUCCCUGCUCAGCGUGCGCCGCUGUGGCCACGCAGACUCUUUCUUCUUCCUGGAACUCGGCCGUUCGGCGCCUACAGGACCCGGGGAGUUGUGGCUGCAGGCGCCCGACGCAGUGGUGGCCCAAAGCAUCCACGAGACAGUGCUGGCUGCCAUGAAGCGACUCGGGGGUGGCGCUGCGGGUGCCAGGGCCGAGCCACUGCCCAGAGAAUCCCCGACCAGCGCCUCUAGACCUCCCAGCUCCCGUCCUUUGGAGAUCCUCUCGGGCUCUACCACCCAGUCAAGCAGCCUGGAUGAGCGGGCAGAGAAGACCGCACUCAAAAGUCUGGCCAGGCUGGGGCCGCCGCCACCCCCAGCUUCCCACCCCCAGGGGCUAGACCUUGGCAGGGGUUACAUAACCAUGCAGGCCGGCAGGGACUACGAGCCCAUGCGGGGCGGCGAGGCCAGCAGUGGUGGCGGCUAUGUGGUGAUGGCGCCCCCAGGCAGUGCCCACAAUGACCGCAAACACCGCGGCGCAGCUCCCCGGCAGGACCCUGGUGGCCCCGAGUACGUUCCAAUGAGCUGCUUUCCUCCCGAGCCCGUUUCUUCAUUCUCCCAAACCCCUCCCCCCAAGUCCGGGACUGGAGAGCUUAGAGUCAGGGUCCCAGAUGCCCAUCGUGGCAUCGGGGGCAGCUUGGGGCUGGCAGGGGCUGCACCACGCAGGCCACCAUCAGCAGAGCUGGCCGGUGACUACGUGUGCAUUGGGUCUGCAGGAAAAGUGGGCGGUGCCAGAUCAGAGCACAGCAAUCGCUGCCUCAACUACGUGGACCUGGACCUGGUGCCGCCUCUCGCUGCGCCCAGCCGUGCUUCUGGGACCAGCCCCCACAGCUAUGCCUGCAUCGAGUUCUAG